AUGCAACUUACAGGCCUGCAUUUAGUACUUCCUGACGUCUCACUGUAACUUUGUAGCUCGAAGGCAACUAAGGUGGCGCUGUUGUUUUAGUGAUUUACAUUUGACAUUGCUAUUUGAUGAAGAAACAACAUGGAAGUAAACUAUAGCAAGUACAACAAAUGAACAGUAUGAUAUGACUAUUGUCAUUUGGGUGUACUACUGAAAUGAUCCUGCCUUAAACCUAUGACCCAGCAAGAGCAGCAUGAGUUCAGGGAAAGUUUGGAGGAAGCCCUGUCCUGGAUGCAGGCCGUCCAGGAGAGGCUUAAACAAAAUGAUAACACCCAAGGGCCCAGAUCAGCGCUGGAGGCCAGGCUCAGAGAGACAGAGAAAAUCCAUAGUUCAGAGCCUGAAGGCCAUGUGAAGAUGGACAGGGUUCUUGUGGCAUCUGAAGCUCUGCUCCAAAAUGGAGAUGAAGAGAUGAAGAAUCAGACUCAUUCAAAACUCAAAGAUCUGAAAGCGCUAUGGGAUGAGACAUUAACCUACAUAAUUCACUGCCACAGUCGUAUCGAAUGGGUGUGGCUGCACUGGAGCGAAUACCUGAAGGCCCAUGAUGAGUUUGAAAUGUGGCUGGAGAAGAUGCACAGGGCUCUGGAACCACUACUUGAAAUGCAGCUGGGUCUGCAGGAGAAACUUUGGCAGGUGGAUCAUCUUCGGGUCAUGCACAAUGACAUCCAAGCCCAGGCUCAGUUUCUGGAGAGGCUCCUGGAUGAGGCUGCAACCCUGUAUAAUCGCACUGAAGACCCCAGUGUAGAUGAGCAGGCUCAGAAUGCACUUCAAGAUGCCUACAACCACAUUCGAGACAGAGCACAGGAGAGGUUGGCAUUAGCACAGAAAAUAGCAGAGGAGCACCAGCAAUACCAAAGUUGUGUUCAUAAAUUCCAAACCUGGCUGGUUUCUAAAACAGAGGAAAUCAGCCAUUUCAGCGACGUGGAAGAUACAACACAGAAUAGACUUAAAUCCCUGAAGUAUCAGAAGCUGGAUGCCAGUAUAGCCAAAGAAGAGCUCACUCUCCAGCACAUUGAAAGCUUGUCUGAGGCGGUGAUAGCCAACACGUCUCCAGCAGGUGCAGAGAAGAUCACAGAAGAGAUGGUGGAGUUGAGGCUGGCCUGGCAGAGAUUACGGCAGGCACUGGUGGAGAUUCAUGAACAGCUCCAGAGCUCGCUGGACUCUGAGAGCGAGUAUUCUAACCGCUGUAAGCAGCUGUGGUCGGAUCUCGUGCAGAUUCAAACCCUGGUCCAGACCCUCAGCAGUGAUUUGGAGAGCAGAGAUGGAGAGCUGACCGAGGAACACUUAGUAGCUCAAUGGAAGACGCACACGGGUGUGCGUAACAAGCUCAUCGUAGAGGAGCCCAGGGUGGAAGAGCUGAAAUCCCAGUUGAAAGAGCUAUUCCGAUUCCCGCAGGAUUCCAAAGCUCUGUCUGAUGAGAUGCUUGCAGUGAUUAAGGAAUACCAGAGUGUGAAGGGCAGAUCUUUUAGACUGUCCUCUGAAAGUGAGACAGCUCUUCGGCAGAUACUGCAGGACCCUCUGUAUGGCUUCAGCCAGUGGAGUCAGACAGUUUCACAGGUUUUGGAGGCCUCUUCAGAUGUGACAGAAUUCUCCCAUAUCGCUCUGCUCGUGCAGAACAUCGAGAAGUUACUGAAAAACAGUGUGCAGCUGCAAGAGCGCUUGAGUUUGCUCCAGGUGAAGAGUGACCUGCUUGGCUCUGUUUUUGGCCAGGAGAAAGCGGAUGAUCUGUUAGAGGAGCUCAGCGGGGAUAUGAGGAAGAGAGAGUUACUCCACAGCCAGCUCCAACAGCGCAAGAACCGCCUGCAGGGAUUGAUAUCAAAGACAAAGGACUUUUCAGAUGCCUAUGACUCCAUACACAAAAAGCUGACCUCCAUAAAGGAGAGGUUCCUCACAGUGGACGGACUCCAACCUGACAUUCUAGCCAAGAAAAGCCAGGCAGACCAGCUCAGGGUCAUUAGGAGAGACUUAGAGGAUUGUGAGGCCCAUAUCAUAGCUCUUGAGACGCUGGUGUCAUCCAGCCCAACGAACAGGACAAAGUUUGAGCGUCUGUAUGCAGACUGGAAACUGCUUUAUAAGGCGGUUCGGAUGAAGGUGAAAGAAAGUGAAGAGAGCAUUGCAGAACAUGAGAGUUUUCAUGACAACAUUCUGAAUUUGGAGAAGUGGUUAAUGAUCAUGAGGCAGAAGUUGGAAUCGUUUUGUGGGUCAGAUGGAGAAUGGAGCAUCGAUAACCGGCAACAUGAGGCUGAGAGGGCGCUAGGAGAGUUUCCACAGAAGGAACUACAGCUUCAUCAGACUGAAGCUCAGGGUCAGACUGUGCUGGCCAGGACCUCUGAGGAGGGCAAAGUUCACAUCCUGCAAGACCUUAAACGCCUCCGAGAAUCCUGGAUGUCCCUCCACACGCUUAGUCUCAAUCUGUACAGUCUUUUGAAUAGACAUGCUGUCACCGGGGAGCAAGAUUCCCUGACACACACAACUGACUUCCUGGACAGAUGGGCAGACGGGCAUCAUGAGGGAUCAGGACCUGCAAGAGCAUCAGGCUUUGAAGGGGUUGGUGGUCUCGCCACAGGUGUUGAGAUAACAGGACAGUAUCGCCAUCAGAAGCUUGAUGGACAGUUCCACCAAGGAUCAGAAUCAACAGGUUAUCCAGAGUUGGAGAGGAACAUGGAAGCAACUCGGGAUCAGAUUCAAGUAGUGUUCCCUGAAAAAAUCCCAAGACCAGGUGGUCCAGAGGUCUGGAGAAGGGAGAGGGGUUACCAUGACAGCUCCAUGUAUGAUGAGGUGGAUGCAGUCACUUCUGGAGGUAACUUUCUCAGGAAGAAUGAGACCAGGAGUGGUGGAAGGACUGGGGAAUGGGUUGAAGAACACAUGGGUGGUUCUGGGAUCGAUGAUUUGGACAUGCAAGGCAAAUAUGGCUUUUUAAGUGGAGCUCACACUGCUGAUGCACAGAAAAGGAUGCAGCCAUCUGCAAUCAAACCAAAAGAGACCACGUUGGCUUACGACUCAGCUGGUGACACUCAGAUGGGCUCUCAGAGGACCCUGCAUCAUGCCACGGGGGCCCUGUGGAGAGAAUUUGAAGCGUGGCUUCACAAAGAAAAUGACAAACUCACGGGAAUUCUGAACAACCAAAGGGCCCUGAGCGCCAAAGAACUGAGGAUAAGACAGAAUACACUCAAGGUUUUACGUGCCAAUGUUGCCUGGGGUCAGACACAAUUCCAGAAGUUGAUGGCUGCUCGGCAGAAUAAUCCAGCAGAACAGGAUGUGGAACUAGAGGAGUUGCGAUAUCGCUGGAUGUUGUACAAGUCCAAACUGAAAGAGGCUGGAGACCUCAGAGGUCUUGUGAAACUCAAGGGUGUCACUGCACAAGGGGAGGAGCAUGUACGAGCUGGAAAGCAGAGCAGUGGUCCCGGGUUCCUGUACCGCGUAUGUUGCAUGGCUCUUCCUUUCCAGCUCCUGCUAUUGGCCCUGCUGCUGUUGGCCUUCCUGUUGCCUAUGAUGGACGAGGGCACCAGUUGCUCACUGUCCAACAACUUCGCCCGCUCUUUCAACAUCAUGCUGCGCUUCGAUGGACCACCACCCACUUAAGCAUGGAUACAAUGGUUACUCGGGCUGCAUGGUCAAAAAAAAAAGAAGCUUUUUAUAACAGACAGCUAUUUGUAUGUUUAAUUAACAUAGUUGCUUUAAUAUUUUUAUCAUUGUUCUGUUUUAUGUGGUUUAUUUUUGGUUCUCAGCUGGUUUUAGUACACUGUAAUCCCACUGGUGGACCCAGCACAUCAGAAAAUGCGUGCGUGUGUGUGAGAGAGUGAGAGUGUGUGUGGGUGAAUGGCAUAGACACUCACAACCUGCUCUGCAUGACUCAAGCUGUUCAAUUCUCUACUAGCAUUUGGAAAAACCAAAGCAGCCUUUACAAAGAGCAAAACUCCCUGAAAUCUCUAUUCAGGAGCAUUCUCAAAUCACUUAUGUUUUUAUGAUUAUGUUGUUUCUAGCUACUCAAUGCAGAUAAGUAAUUUUUGUGUGGGAGUUCUUGCACAUUUAAAGGGACAGUUCACCCAAAAUUUAAAAUUAUGUUAUCAUUUACUCACCCUCAUGUCAUAACAAACCCGUAUGCCUUUCUUGUUUGGAACACAAAAAGAGAUGUUAGGCAGAAUGUUAAAGACUGAGAAAUGAAUUCAUACAGGUUUGAAACAAUAUGAGUGUGAGUAAAUGAUAACAGAAUUGUUAUUUGUUGGUGAACUAACCCUUUUAACAGAACUGUGCAUGUUUUUGUUCAUACCACUUGUUUAAACCUUGUUGUGUUUAAUUCAAUCAACUGUUUUGCUCAGGCUACUCAACAACUAAACUUGUUGUUUGAUCGAAGGUUUUAACUUAUCACUGUGUUCCGGGUAUUGAUUCUGAUGUCAUUGACAUGGCAGUCUAUAUACCAUGACUCUAUAUAAAUGUUCCGAAACUAAGCUCAUGCUUUUCAUACAUUGGUGGCCUGCCAUUUAGAAAUGGGAACUGCCUUUUAAAAUCAACAAAGACAUUCCUGUAUGUCUUCGCCAGAAACAAAUCACUCCAUAGCUUAGGUGCUAUGCACAUUUGUGUCUCCAAAUAGACAGAAUAGUGUUCUUUAGACAAUUUUGGAAAUCAGUAUUGCGUAUUCACAUUGUUUGACUUAACACUCCGUUUUGACAUUUGCUAGAUUCUGAUCGUUGUCAUAUGUUACUUUUUAAAGUGUGUUUUUGAAGGCACAGACUAUGGAGUAAAAAUAGCCCUGUAUGGGGAGAAUGUCCUCCUUUUUUAUUUUUUUUGCAAGCAGUGUCUCAACUGGGAGUUCUAAGGGCCCAUUUGUUCUAAAAGCAUCAGAGGUCGAGUUCAGCUAUUCUAUUAGGACCACAUACUAAAGGUCAUCUUUCGAUGAAUAGAAUACUUUGAUUUAUAUUUGUCCAGAACGAUGAAGGCUUUUCUGGCAAAAGCUCUGCCUCUCAGAGUUGGCCAAAAUCAUAACCUAUCUUUGCGUUUUUUUUAAAAGCUUUUUGUUUGGAAUGUACGACACAUUAAUUUGAAUCUGAGGCAACUUGCAUGGCUUUAAGCAAUGUAGCUCAGUAGUAUUACAUACAGGCACCGUACUGCUUUUAUCCUGUAGCAAAAUUGAAACUUUUUAGUGCCCUUUUAAAAAUCUUAUUCAAAAAUCUCUGCAUAUCUUAAAACAAAACUGCAAUAUUAAGAUUGUAAUUUCCAUUAAAGGAAUAGUUAACCCAAAAAGGUUCAUUCUUUCAUUAUUUACUCACCCUUAUGUCAUCUCAAUCUCAUAUGACUUUCUUUUGUGGAUCGAAAGCAAAGAUAUUUUGAUGGAGAUAUGAGGUUUUUUUGUUCAUGCAAUGCAAGACAAUGUUGUUGAACAAUUUCAAGCUUUAAAAAGGACAUAAAGUCAGAAUGAAGGUAAUCCAUACAACUCGUGUGGUUUAAUCCAUGUCUUCUGAAGCGAUACAAUCAGUUUUUGGUGAGAAACGGACCAUGUACACACGCCCUGUGCAUGCAUCAAUCACUAGGAAGUGUAAUCGAGCUUCAAAUGAUGAUGCCAAUGAAAAGGACUUAUGUUUUGGUCUGUUUCUCACCCAAAACCAGUCGUAUCCCUUCAGAAGACAUGGAUUAAACCACUUGGAGCUUGAAAGUGUUGGUCCCUGUUGGCUUGCAUUGUAUGGAUAUAGACACAUCAAACCUCUUUGAAAAUAUAUUUGUGUUCCACAGAAGAAAAAAGUAACAUGAGAUUGAGAUGACAUAAGGCUGAGUAUAUGAUGAGUGAAUUUUCAUUUUUGGGUGAACUAUUCCUUUAAUAUGUCAUGCACUAUAUAAUGUUAAGUCCAAAUAGCAAUGUAUUGCAUGCACAAAGAAAAGGACUUAACAGAAAAUAUGCUGCAUUCAUUAAGUAAACUGUUAUGUUGAAGCUUGGCACUUCAGUUUAUUGCACUGCUAUAUAGAUUGUAUUUAAUCUCUUUUUUAACUUGGCACAACAUCUAAAAAAUAUGCUGAAAUAACAGCUAGAUGCAAUGCAAACCCUUUACUGAUAUAGAUUUCAUCAAUGAUACUGUAUGUUACUUAAGACUGCAAAUGCUGUACUGGUAAACUGUAAAAUGUGGUUAAAAGAAUCAGCGCUUAUUAGCAAUGUAUGCUAAAAUUUUGAACUAAUUUACAGCACUGUGUGCAUGGAAAAAAGCUUUUCUCAUAGGAAAACUUACUAUAUACUAUAAAAAUACUGGACAUUAUUUUCAGAGAUGGCUAACUAAAUCGAAUGCAAGAUGGGUGAUGUACAAGCAUGUAGAAAUUAUAAUAAUAUUUAAAAGUAAAAAUAGCUUUUCAAUGCAUUGAGGAUUAUUAUAAGACAAUGUAUUAACGAAAAAAGGGUUAAACAUUUAUUUUAUUACCAUAUUUUGGAUGAAACUCUUAUAUUGUAUCUUUAAACCUCAUAUAUAUAUAUAUAUAUAUAUAUAUAUAUAUAUAUAUAUGCGUAUAACCAUUAUUUUUGUAUUUUACCCCAAGCAAUAAACAUGCAGUGUAUUUUCA